AUGUCCGAUUUGGUCCGUGGGUCGCAGUUGGAUUGGGAGAGCAGCGGGUGGCCUCGCCGGGAGGAGCCGUCCGACGUGAAGGGCAACCUCUUGCGCCUGCGGCACCCCCAGGACGCCCAUGCCGCGCACUGCCGCGCUUACGUGGUCGACGUCCUGCAGAGCCUGCGCUGCCACGUCGACGUGUUGGCUUCGGAUGGGCGCGCCUUGCUGCUCAAAUAUUGCGCCAGUUACUUGCCGAAGUUCAGCGAUUCCUUCGCCCAGGAGCUGCUCAAUGACCAGGCCACCGAUUUUGUGGUCACUCGACGCGUCCUCUCCGACUACCACCCGCAUCAACCAGAGAUGGUUCUACAGUUGGCCGCUCAGCAGCAUCCGCAGUUUCUCUCUCAUGGCCUUGUAAAGAAAUUCAUCGUUCCUCUGCCGUGGGAGAAGGAGAUGCCGCAGGUCGUGCAAGACUACAUGUCCUCGCCUUGGCGCUCUUCUUCGAUGUCCUUGCUGGAGUACUUGCGCCGGGUCGGCGCGGGCGGCCAAAUCCAACAGCGCUAUCGGCGCCUGCACAAGCUUCGCAAGAUUGACGCUCCCUUGGAAGAAUGGAUCAACAGCCUGCCGGCAGAGGGGGAGAUCUUGGCGGCGGCCAUCGCCGCGUCGCGCACGACCGACCGCUACUGCGGCCAGUGGCUUCUGCUCAACGUUCCCUUUCGGGCGCUGGAUGACUUGUGGGACGAGCGCGCUGCGCGGGUCCCGGCGGCCUUGAAAUUCUUGACGCUCUGCUUGCUGAAGCGUCCUGGCUUCUGGAAGGCGCCCCAGGCGCUGCGAGCAGAGCUGGAGCUUGAGGCAUCGACAGAGCUUUACAUCGAGAAUUUCCAGGUUCUUCUGGCCUCACGCAUUGAGUUGGCUGAGGCCUUUCUGAGUGGAGAGCUGAACGUGGACGAGAGCGACCCUUCUUUGCUCUCACGCCCGGCGCUCUCUGGUAUGCAGGCAUCUGCUCCGCAGCUAGCGCUGGCAUCGGAUCAAGAUUUCGUUGUGGUGGCUGCGCGCCGCGCGGUCGACAAGGCGCUACAGGCCCGUUGGCCGGAGGAGGAAGACAUGGACGCGCCGGCCUGGCUUUCCUGGGUCGCCCGUGCGCCGGCGACGGCGACGCCCGUGCUCGCCGUCCUCGGCCCUGCCGGGAGCGGGAAGAGCACCGCAGUGGAGGUCGCCGUUCAGGCGGCCGUCGGCCGGGGCGCGCACGUGGGCAUUGCGUGCCCGACGGGCAUGCUGGCAAGCAGUUAUCGUGUCAAGUUUCCGGACCUCGACGUGGACACCGUGCACGGCAUGUUCGCCCUUCACAGGCCUUUAAUCGAGACUCUGGACAUGAUGGAGCCCUACGAUAUGGUGGUGGUGGACGAAGUUGGGCAGCUCUCCAAGGACACCUUCGACCGCUUGCUUGCACUCAGGGACGCCGCUGGCCGGCGAACGGCCUUGAUCUUCGUGGGAGACUUUGCGCAGCUGCGCGGCAUGGAUCCAUCGACUGCGCUGGACAGCGACCGCUGGGUGGAAGUGACCAAAUUGCAUCUGCAUACCAUGCGCCGCUGCAAGUGCGCCGAGCUGCGCUGGAAGUUGGAGCUGCUGCGGAGCGCAAGCCCCACGUCCAAGCAGUUGAGGCGCUUGUUGCGGACGCAUCGGGCCCCGCAGGGCGUUCCGCCCGCCGACCCAGCCGGGCAGCCGACCUUGGAAGACAUCCAGCAGAUUCUGCAGGAAACGCCUCACACACUCUUCGUCACAUACACCCGGGCAGCCGCGCAAUUGCUGAACGACCUUGCCGUGCAGGCCCACUUCGAGGGAAAGCCGGCCUUGGGCACGGUGCCGGGCGACCCUGAAGCCAAUGCCAGCAACUACCGGGCCGGAGCCAUGGUCCAUGCAGACCCCUACCCGUUGCAGCUCUUCGUCCACAUGCGAGUGACCAUCACAAAGAACGAGGAUAAGGAGCACUCCUUCGUCAACGGCAUGGGCGCCUGGGUUCGUCGCCUGCGACGCAGCGGAGUGGAGGUCGUGACCGACACAGGCGAGGUGAUCCUCAUCCACCCAGUGACGAGGGACUAUCUUUUGGAGGACGGCGAGGGAACCAGGGAACGCCGCGCGGCAUACCCGCUGCGCCCCGGGUAUUGCACGAAUCUACACAAAGUGCAAGGGGCCACACUGCAGCAUAUGACCCUGUGGCUGAACACGCCCUUCGUCCCAGGCGCUGGCUACGUGGCGUUGUCCCGCGUGCAGCACGAUCGUGACUGGCGCUACAUCGGCGACCUGCAGCCCUCGACUACGACAUUCCAAUGCGGGUUCUCAUGA